AAUGAAAAGGGUGUUGCUGCUUUUCAAUGUUUUGUUUGCAGACUGUUUAAUUAAUUGAUUAAUUGUUAAUUAUUGAGUUUCCAGUUUAAAGACAUCAAUAAUACAGAAUGGCCACAUCAGGUCAAACGCUGGCAGUCGCUUACGUGGCUGGCUGAAGCGUUCACUGUGCUUCCUGCACUGUCGGAACUAUGAAUGUUAGGAUUGGGACUCAGUUUGAGGAUGAAACAAAUUGGCAAAAGCGAUUUGCAAUUGUAAUUUUCUAUUUAAAACCAUUGUGUCGCAUCAUUUUUGAGAUCAAGUUGCAAUACAAUAAUUAAGCGUUACAUUUGUCUGGUUUUUAAUCUAGCAAUCCUGCUAAUUUGGAUAAAUACGAUUUGAAUAGCAGUACCUGAACGCAUCAUUUGUAUCAAGGACCAGGGUAAAGCAAAAAGGUUGUUAGCGGUGACGUUUUUAAUAACCCACUGUUAAUUAUACAUUUAACCAAUCUUGAGUGUCCUUCAUUAUGUUCUUACCAGUGAAAGAAGCUUUUUUAGUCUGCAACUCAACAAAUAGCUGGUAAGACUUUUACUUUUAACUGUUUUUGUAUUCCUUCACUGUAACAGUUACCCACUGUGUGCCAGUGUGCUAAGAUGCCUUCUGAGUUAAAACAGAGGAAGAAGUCUCAGAAACAAAACGACGCAGUUCCAGAAAGCUCGACUGCUAAUGGGAAAGAUGAAACGCAGAAAGUGAAGCUGGAAGCUGGAAACAACCCAGGAGCGAACAAAACCUCCUCCAGUUUGGAUGUUAGGAGUUUAAUGUGCUUGUUGUCGCUGGUAGCGUGCGGGGCUCUCAGCUGGAUGGUACUGCAACAGAAUGAGAGGUUUGCCGAAAUUGAGGAAAAGUACAAAUCUUUGCAAGGAAAGACUUCGAAUCUGUUCGACAUGGAGGAGGAAGUCCUAAAGGUUUCUAAAAAGCUUGCCGCCUCCGAGGAUGACCUGCAGGAGGCGCUCACCACCGUCUCCUUGGCAACACGUCUCCAGCAGGAAAUCUCCACCCUCCACGCUGCCGUCACAGUGAUGCAGAACGAUGAAAACUCCGCCUCCCGUGACCUGCAGACGGUCAACGCCCACUUCCUCAACGUGACGGAGACGUGGCAGGAGCGUCUGGCUGCCAUUGCCUCUGACCUGUCCACUCUCAAGUCCGAAUCCCGGGAAGCUCACGCCGGGGCCACGGAGCAGGUCAACGAGGCUGAGCAGAGGGCCCGGUUGCUGACGAAGAAACUGGAGGAGCUCGAGGACAGCACCAAGAGGAACGCCCGAGCUCUGGAGCGCACGGAGGCGGACGACACCAAGCGAUCGCAGGAACAUCUGGACUGGAACACCAAGCAGAUCCACAACAUGGAGGAGAUAUUCAGCAGCCUGAACAAGAGGGAGGCAGAGCUCAGCUCCCAGCUGCAGGAGCACAUCCCCCGGGCCAAGGAGUGUGAGGAGCACCUGCCCCAGGUUGAGGAGGCGGUGCGCUCCAUUCUGAGGCUGGCGGGGGACCUGAGCGGGGCCGAGAAGCGUCUGGAGGAGUUGACGUUACAGGUGUUUGGGACUGAAGACAGCAUGCUGAAAGCACUCGGUGAAAUCCUGGAGAUCAGACAGGAGCUGGACACGCUACAGGCUCAAAACAGCAUCCUGAAGAUGAAGAACGAGUUGUCCGUGGUUAAAGAGGCAGUCUAUGAACUCACCAUGGUGCUGAGGGGAACGACAGUGGACAGCCUGAAGGAGGAGGAAACUGUGGAGGAAGAAGGAUGGAAAGAGGAAGAGGAGGAAGAGUGGGAAACAUACAGGGAUGAGGAAACUCCACUUCUUUUUGAUGACCUCACUGAAUGAUGUCAUUGUUUUAAGUCAGCUUAAAAAAAGACUGACCCACCCUGUGUUACUAUUUGCUCAGUAUUAGUUCAGUGGAAAUGUUUUUAAAAUGUGCACCUCAGUUUAAUGUUACAAAAAUGGUUUUGCAUAAAAGUUCCCUGUUUUUAACAUGAACUCUGGUAUACAUGCACUGUAUUACACAAGCACAAUCAAUAAUAUUUAUUUAAAUAUUUGUUCAAUGUGGUUUCUUCAGUAUUUGUAUGACCCAUUACUUUGCUUAAUAUGUAUGACAAUAUGUGCUCCAGUCUUUCUAGACAAAACUACUUUAUAGUUGAAAUUAUUAGUUGAACAAUCAAUUAGUUCAUUGUUUUCUACUUCUAGCUUUCAAAAUGCAGAAUUGCUCUUUAUUCAGUCUUAUUCAAUAGUAAACUAUACACCUGAAUGUUUUAUGACUUAGAUUUCCAUCUUUAAUUUUCACAGUUGAAUGUAUGGCAAUAAUUUCAUCACACAACUUAUUUAAUAAAAUCACCUUUUUUAUUCAAAUGGU